AGGCUUGCCUCAAUACCAGCGAGUUUCUGACCGUGUCUCGCGCGCUAGACGACAUGCAACGAAUUGUCGGCAAGAGUUCGCUGCGCACCUUAGUGCUUUCGGGAUCGACGGUCGCGCCUCUAGCUGCACGUCGGCUCGCCGACGGAGUCGCGAUGAGCAAAACGCUGAAGGAGCUACAUCUGGACGGCUGCCAGCUCGCAUGCGCCGACGUCCUGUCCUUCGUGGUGGCCAUCGAACGGUGCGCGGCAUUCGGUCAAUUCAAAGAACUAAACGUGGGCACACUGCUUGGCAAAGGGCACGAGCAGCGCGACCUUUUCGGGAACAUAUUGAUGGCAGGCGUCAGCGACAAGAUCACGCUCGUCUAUAAUGACUGCCUCGUGGCGCCCUUGUGGGAAGCGUUGAAAACGAACAUAACGCUAGUCAAUGUUUCUCUCUCCUAUGGCGAAACUACGGAGAUUGACCCCCUUCUGUAUGUCCUAAGAAACACGGUGGGGACAUUGAAGAACCUGUGCAUCGACACUCCUCAAGUACUCGGCAGCGUGGGUGGCCAGUUCCUAGCUCACAUCAUCCGGAAAGGCGAGUCGCUCAAGGUUGUCCGACUGCGCUGCCGAACCGAGGCGAGCGCGUCCAUUCAUAUCCUCAAGGCAUUGGCGGAUUCCAGGAGCGUGGCCCUUCUAACAAUCGAGCGUUGGGACCUUUCCGAGAGCGUCGGAUGUGCCUUCACUGACAUGCUGCGCCAGAACCGCAGCUUGAACCGUCUCGAGUUUUACUGGAGUGACGCCGACUCUUACGUGUUUUUCAAGAGGCAGGUGCAGAGGGGUCUCAAGGUCAACGCGUCUGUGUCGGUCGUGAAGAUGUACCAGGGACAGCAGCGUGACGAAGUGGCAGUAUGCCACAUGGCCACAUUGCAGUCUCUCCACAAGAACGCGAUGAUACUGGCUUGGGUCACGGACGUCAUCCUGAGGGAAGGAAUGUGCCUGGAGGCUGCCGCUGCCGCCGACUUCUUUAAGGUUUGCGAUGCGCCUCUGGAUAUGUUUCAGCGGACGGCCGAUUUCUCGCCACGUACGGCUACGAAUCGCAUACGCUUGGUUCGCAUGGCGACAAGGACGCAGUACUAUGCUUUGCUUUCUGCGUUUGGCGAUGGGUUCGAGUAUAAUUUGACGCCUCUCGGACGAGCGCUCUUUCAGAAUAUGCUUUAUUCUAUGCGUGACGACGUCUUGAGCGCCAUGGGUCUUCAAACCGACCUUUACGGAUAGUAGCAGCUUAGACUGGGAAUGAAAUGGUUGCUGCAAUAUUUUUUGCAGUUGAAUGCAGAGGCGGAGUACUAUCGUGAACUUACAAGUUUCGGGGGUUUUCCAGCACUACGAUGUUUUUUGGUGUUUCGAUUUCGACAACUUGUUAGGGCUUUUCUGUACAGAGCGCUAUAUCACUUCCCUUUCUUCGCAGAAUUGUAUAUAGGGGUUUAGUCGGACUUCUCAGGUUAUCGGCGUAAAAGUGGCAGCAAAAGACAAUGUGAAGUUUAGUGCUGCUGUUUCACCUUUACAGUGACGUCCGGCAUGCCUCCCGAGAUAACAUGAUCGCGUCAUCCAAUAAACUUCUUUCUGCUUGUCUGA